AUGAGCGAUCGUAAUGCUGUCAUUACCCAAUUAUCACCUCAAAGCGAGACUGACCCUAUCAACUUCCUCAAAUCACGAUACUUCAGCAUCCUAUAUUCGUUGUCUACCCCUUUGACCUAUUUUCCCAAAUCCACGCUAACACGGCUUCGUGUGAUGUGUGAUGGAAAGAAAGAGCUCAUGGAACAAAGUCUAGCUGCAGUUUAUCUUAGCCCUGAGAGGUUGAACGAGAGACAGAGACUACGCUACGGACUCGAUGCAUUGAUAGGGAAAGAGUCUGAAACCAUGGAGAUCAACAAGUAUGAAGCAGAAAACCAAAACUUACUACUUCAGAAACAUUUCACUUUAAGCAUGUCAGACGAAGCUAGAAGCAAAGUUAUUUUCGAUUUGAAGAGGAGGGAAGCACAGCUACAGAUUUUGCUCGUGAUGCAGCUCCUACUAACCUGGGAGGUUGACGAAGCGUCUUUCUUAACUUCGAACGCUAAAUUGCAGGAGAAGAUGAACAAAAAGGUCACGAAAAAGUCACUUGUUAGACGAAAAUCAAAGACCAGAAAGAUUACCCCGACUCUUUUGGGGGUUGGAAUACAGGGGAAGACCGAAGAUCCCGGUCAGAACAAGAGUCACAUCACUUACUUCGGACUCUACGCGUCUCUUGUUGCGCUUGUUGACCAGAUGAGUAUUUGGGAUGUUCUCACGGGAAAAGUGAAGAAUAAAAAGGACGAGAGCAUGUAUGGCUUUUUAGCUUAUGUCUUCGUGCCCUUUUUCAAUACCAAGCUCCCUAAAAUCGUCAAGUUUGUCAUAGAGAAGGUAAGAGAGCUGAGGCCCACAUUCAAGCUGUCCAAGCUCAAGACAUCUACCUCAAAAUCAGUCAGUGGAUCAGAGGCCGGUAGUCCGCCGAACACCGACGAGGUAGCACCCAAAGAGACUAAAAAGACCUCAAGAUUCAACAAGAAGCUAUUGACAGAGAAGCAAAAGCCGUUCCUUCGAAGGUCCAAGACUUCAGCGAGUGAGAAGGAUGAGCCCGCAUUCUCGCUCAAGCGGUCAAAAUCUAAUUUGGGCUCUAAGAAUUUGAAGCGCAGACAGGUUGACAUGUCUCUUAACAAACCUGACGAUCAAGACGUGGCUGAAAAAGCUUCCUCCUUCAUAUUUGGAGAUGCCCGUAAGGUCAAGAAUCACUCCGUGUCAAUGGGCAUGCUAUCAAAGAAUGAGUCGAACGAAAUACCCGAUGAGCCGAUAAAAUUAAUUCAGGCUACACCCUCCACGAAGAGAAUCUCCAAUAUCAUUCUCGAAACUCCUCAAAAUUCGGAAGGAAGAAGGAAGGAGUUUGUUAUUCCAGAUUCCACAAAGAGAACGUCGUUGGUGCAGCAGAAACUCUCACUACUAGCAGCGCCAUCAUUACCGGAUGUGAAAAUCGUUAGUUCUCCCAUUCAUACGUCAUCUGAAAAAUCCCCUGUUCUAUUCCUGCAACAUGCCACCGCUCGAACCAAUUACAGCACUUCGUCUGUGAUAGAGUCAUCACCUAUUCAACCAGAAACCACAUUGCCAGCGAGGAAAGCUAAGAUGACGGAUUUCAAGAACCCUUUUACACAAGCCACACUACAAGGUUCUCCAGGACGUCCACCCCAAGAAUACAAAAGAGCACUCAGAACUGUGCUGUUGCCCUCUAAAUCAGAUAACACUCCUGAAAUAUUCAUGCCCAUCACGAAACCAGCUAAGAGAGCUGAUGAAUCGUUGCCAAAAGGCAAUUCAAUGAACGCGCCUUCUAUCGAGCCUUCGAAAAGUGGAGACACCGACGUCGAUUCUGACUCAAAUCAAGGAUCUGAUUCAGACUCGGAUUUUGAAAAAUUGCUAGCAAGCACUUCAAACCGUACAGUCAAAACCUACGUCAGACCCAAAAGAAGAUAA